UUUUGCAUUUAAAAAAUAGUUUCAACCAUGGAGAACGAUGAUUAUAACAAAGUGACGGAAAGAUUGUUACACGACAUGCCAACGGGUGUGUUAGAAGCACUCAACGAUGUAGCGGAUGUUGAAAAGACAAACAUUUGCGGAUAUAGCAAUAAAGGGGUAACCAAGACAUUAGCAUGUGCACCCUGUAACUCAAAACACAAACAAUCAAUUGCGGUAUUGUUUUGUCCUGAAUGCGAUAAUACCUUGUUAUGCGAUGAUUGUUCAGAGAUACAUAAAUCUAUGAAAUCUACACGGAGUCAUGCUCUUGUGGAAUCAGACAUGUAUCACAAAACGAAAACAAUAAAAGCUUUGUUAUGUGACCCAUGUGCUACCAGAAAUAUAAUAGUCGAUGCAAAAUAUGCUUGCGAGGAAUGCAACAAUGAACUUUUGUGCGAAGACUGUUCAUGCAACCAUAAAUAUAUAAAAUCCACGCGCUCACAUGUUCUGUUGGAGGUAGAGAAGUUUACAAAAAAGACAAAACAGGAACUGAUGUUUUGGUUUUGUGAACCAUGUGGUACCAGAAAUAGCAAGGUAGUUGCCAAAUACUUUUGCAAAAAUUGUGAAAAUGAGUUAUUUUGCGAUGGCUGCUCUGACAAUCAUAGAUCUAUGAAAUCAACGCGCACUCAUGUUCUGGUGGAAGCAGAAAAGUAUACAGAAGUAAUGAAAACGGAACUGUUGCUUUGCGACCCAUGUGGCUCAAGAAAGAUAAAGGUAGUAGCCAAGUACGUUUGCGAGGAAUGCGGAGAUGAGUUUUUGUGCGAAGGCUGUUCUGAGAGCCACACAUCAAUGAAAUCAACACGCUCUCAUUUUCUUAUUGAGACAGAAAAGUAUAAAGAAAAGACAAAGCAUGAGGCAAUGUAUUGUGACCCAUGUGGAAACAGAAAUAUUAAGGUAGUUGCAAAAUUCUUCUGCAAGGAAUGUGAAGAUGAGUUACUAUGCGAGGGCUGUUCUGUUAACCAUAGAUCAAUGAAAUCAACGCGCUCUCAUGUCCUAAUUGAGGCAGAAAAAUAUAAAGAAAAUACAAAACAGGAGACAAUGUUUUGUGACCCAUGUGGGGCUAGAAAUAUUAAGGUAGUUGUAAAAUAUGUUUGCGAGGAAUGCGAAAAUGAGUUAUUAUGCAAAGACUGUUCUGAAAACCACAAAUCUAUGAAAUCAACGCGCUCUCAUGUUCUCAUGGAAGUAGAAAAGUAUAAAGACAAGAUCAAACGGGAACUGUUGUUUUGUGACCCAUGUGGUACAAGAAGUAUCAAGGUUGUUGCUAAAUACUUUUGUCAAGAAUGCGAAAAUGAGUUAUUGUGCGAAUGCUGUUCGGACGCCCAUCGAUCUAUGAAGUCAACGCGCUCACAUAUUCUUAUUGAGGCAGCUAAGUAUAUUGAAAAGACAAAACGGGAACUGAUGUUUUGUGACCCAUGUGGUACAAGAAAUAUUAAGUUAGUAGCCAAGUUCGUUUGCGAGGAGUGCGAAAAUGAGUUAUUAUGCGAAGGCUGUUCUGAAAACCACAAAUCAAUGAAAUCAACGCGCUCUCAUGUCCUACUCGAGGUAGAGAAGUAUACAGAAAAGAAAAAACAGGAAUUAUUGUUUUGUGACCCAUGCGGUACAAGAGAUAUUAGAGAAGUAGCAAAAUACGUUUGCGAGAAAUGCGAAAAUGAGUUAUUAUGCGAGGGCUGUUCUGAAAACCACAAAUCAAUGAAAUCAACGCGUAAUCAUGUAUUGAUCCAGGUGGAGAAGUAUACAGAAAAAACUAAACAGGAAUUAUUGUUUUGUGACCCAUGCGGUACAAGACAUAUUAAAGAAGUAGCAAAGUAUGUUUGCGAGGAAUGCGAAAAUGAGUUAUUGUGCGAAGGCUGUUAUGACAACCACAAAUCAAUGAAAUCAACGCGUAAGCAUAUUCUUAUUGAGGUAACAGAAUAUGUAGACAAUACAAAACAGGGUUCAUAUUCGUGCGACCCAUGCUCUCAUACACUUAAAGACGCCAACAUCCAAGCGAAAGUGAUGAAACAAGACGAAAAUCUUCUCGAGUCAAAUGGUGUCAGAAUCCAGACAGCACAAUUGAAAGGUGAUGUUGGCGCCACUCAAACACAGAAAGAGAGGGAUAGCCGCGAGCCUGGAAAACCGAGAGCAUACGACAUUGGCUUUGAUACAAUCACAAUAUCAUGGACAAAACCGGACGCUGUCCAAGAAGAUGGAUUAUUUCAAAUACACUACAAACAUAACAAAAGUCCUCAAUGGCGAGUUUACAAUGGUGACUUUAAAAUUACCACUGUAGAACUGACUAAUUUGGAUCCCGACAGUGAAUACUAUUUCCGCGUUUGUUUCGUAAAUAAAGAUGGAGAGAGCAUUAACAGUAUCGACAGCGAUGUUGUUAAGACAUUACCAUCGCCAGCAAACGGAUUGUUGCAAUAUUCUGUACAGCAGGGAAAUUCCGACGUUUCACCAAAGAAGUUCGCAUUACCAACCACGGAAAUGGAAAAUGCUAGAAAUGAAAAAGCAAAGACAAGAAGAUUUGACGUUGGAACGGGUAUGACGGAUGUUGCAGAAAAAACGAUAAUGAUGAUAGGAGAAACAGGUACUGGAAAAAGUACGCUCGUCGAUGGAAUGGUAAAUUACAUCUUAGGCGUCAGAUGGAGCGAUCCAUUUAGGUUUACCAUGGUUAACCUGGAAGAAGAAGAAAAAAACAGAAGCAGUAACCAGGCCCAAUCGCAGACAGAAUGGAUAACGUGUUACACCGUUCAUUUCAGAGAAGGGAACAGAAUACAAUACAAAAUAAAUAUAAUCGACACACCGGGUUUUGGCGAUACACGUGGACUUGACAGAGACCAAGCAAUCGUCAAACAAAUUCAUGAACUCUUUAUCCAAAAACCUCCUAAAGGAAUACUGACAAUCGACGCUGUAUGUUUUCUUAUCAAAGCACCAGAUGCACGACUAACGGCGAUGCAAAACUACAUUUUUCAGUCCAUCAUGUCAUUAUUUGGAAAAGAUAUAGAGAAAAACAUAUGCUCGUUGAUAACGUUCGCGGAUGGAAUUGAUCCUCCUGUUUUUGCAGCUUUAGAUGAAUCGAAACUUCCAUUUGGGGAACGGUUUACAUUUAACAAUUCAGGACUUUAUGCUAAAAAUACUGACAUUGACCAGUUUAGCCUUUCUCCAAUGUUUUUUGAUAUGGGCAUUGCAAGCUUUAAAAACUUUUUUAAACAUUUAAACACUCUGCAACGCAGAUCUCUACAGCUUACAAGUGACGUUCUGAAUGAACGUAGUAUUCUUGAAGCAACAAUCAGUAAUCUUCAGCCAAAACUAGAUGCAGGAUUAAUACAGGUCAAUAGACUAAAAAGCGAAAUACAGAUGUUUCAAGACAACAAAAACACUAUAGAAAACAAUAAAAAAUUCACAUACACAGUGACAAGCACAAAACAAGUAAAACUAGAUUUACCUAAAGGUAUACACGUGACAAACUGCCUACAUUGCAACUUCACGUGUCACGAAAAAUGCGUUUUCGCUAAUGAUGAUGAAAAGAAAAACUGUUCAGCAAUGGACACCAAUGGAAACUGUAAGAUUUGUCCAGACAAAUGCUUUUGGGAAAAGCACGCAAAUACGCGAUAUAUAUUUAAGUAUGAUGUUAUUGAAGAAACAAAGACGUUUGAAGAGAUGAAAGCGAAAUAUGAAAAAGCGACCGGGCACAUAAUGACACAAGAACAAGUGCUAGACACUAUGCGAAAAGAGCUUGAAGCUCUAGUAGAAACUGUUGAAGAAAUGAUGGAAGUCAUAAUGCACUGUAAUAAACGUCUUUCAGAAAUAGCGCUUCGCCCGAAUCCGCUAACAAUGACCGAUCAUAUUGAUGUAAUGAUAGAAAACGAGAAAUAUCGUAAGGCCAAUGGAUGGUUGGCUCGAAUCGAAUCACUAAAUAAAUUGAAAGAACGUGCAAAAGUAUUGGAAGUCGCUCAGCAAUUUUCUUCGGAAGCAAAAACAGUAGUGGGGAAGAGGAAAAAAAGCAAUAACUUCUUAAAAGAUUUGAUAGACCGACUAAGUAACUUGUUCUAGACAUCAAUGGAACGAAAUUGUUGAAAUUUAUUGCAAUAAAAAAAAGACAAACACAAAUGAUUUUAAGUUUAUAGUUUGUCAUGUUUAAAAUGUAGUACAUACAAAUAACUUGAAAACAAGGUGAAUACAAAUAUAUGUAUUCGGUAUUAGUUAGAGCAAGGUUCAUUUUGAUUUCAUAAUUUUAUGGAGUUGUACACAGCAAGUAUGAUUGUUGUAACAUCUAUGUUAUAAUGUUUAAGCAACAACAGGCAAAUUAAAUUUGUUAAUGUUUAAUAUGACAUAUGUUCUAACACAUUUAUCAAACAUGUUCCUGUAGAUUAUGUAUAGCAUAAGUCUUACCGUAGUUGAUUAAGUUAGCGCGCCAUGUACGGUUUUAUGUUCACAUUGUAUUUUUUUUAAAAGAAAGUAUGAGCGUAUGAACCUACUUUAGUAUGCAAUGGUGUUUUAGCGUCAUUGCGUUCUAAUUCUAUUCAUAUUGUUCUCAUCGAUUUCAAGUUUUUUUUCUAUACACUUCAACUGCCUUUGAUAUUCCUAUAUCAUUUGUAAGGAAGUGCACUUUAGUAAAGUAAUACAUGUUUUUUUUUUUAAAUAUUUGAAAACAUGGCUGCCUUCAUACGUAUGGCGUUUUUAUGCCCCCGGAUUGAAUGAUCGGGUGUAUAUUGGUUUUGGCCAGUCUGUCUGUUAUUCUGUCUGUCAUUCUGUCUGUCAUUCUGUCUGCUGUCAUUCUGUCUCAAAACUUAAACCUCGGUCAUAACUUUUGCAAUAUUGAGGAUAGCAACUUCAUAUUUGGCAUGCAGUAGGGGGCAUUGUGUUUCACAAACACAUCUCUUGUUUUAAUAUGAAAGCAGAUGCUGGUUUCAUUCAUUUUUAUAGUUAUCUUUAAAUGUGGUGCGUUUUCGCUAAUGCUGACUAUUGAUAAUUCAAUAUCUGAAAUACUUUUGAGAGGUAAAAUGAUAUAACAACUAGAAAUUUGCAAUUUAUAUUCGCAUACAUGAAUAUACAUGAUAAAUAGUGUUAUAGUGCUUUCAAUUGUAAAAAUCAUGUAUGCUGUUGAAUACAACGCGUUAAGUAAUUUAAUGCAUGAGAUAUAAACUCUAAACUUUGACAUAAAGGAUGUUUUUGUAUUUUAAAAUCAAAUUCUAGUUUCUUUCAUUCUGGUGUUUUCUUUACAUACAUGUGGUGGGAUUCAACUUGAGUAUUGAUAAUGCAAUGCUAUAAAUAGUUGACGUAAAUGAACAUGACAACCGGCAAUCUGUUUGUUAUGCUCGUAUACAGAAACAUGCAUGUUAAAUAUUGCAAUCUGAAUAGAUUAAUAACUUUUUGUUACAAAUAAUAUAUUCGUUUAAUAAGGAUGUACAGGCAAAGUAGUAAUUGUAAACAAAUGUGUAGUUUAUAAAUGUUGUUGUUAAUUUUUGGAUUAUGUUUGCUUUUGGCGAUAAAUACUUUUAACAAAAAACUAUUUUAAUAUGCUAAAUAAUUUUUGCUUGACUAACGUGAAUUGAUUACUGAUUGUGUAGUUUAGAUUAUCUGAGCACGACCUGCUUAAUGUGACACUUUGUAAUCAGUCUAUGGCCGGUAUCCGGUCGUUGUGCAUGCGGUGUACGCCGUAAUUUGUAAGCUCAUUAUCAUUCUGGAAGCCGCAUGCUGGGUAGCACUUGGUAAUUUUUUUUAUAUUUAACAAUAUUUACCCAAGAUAAAAUUUGGAACAAGUGGAAUAUAAACAUGGCAGCACUUUUUAUAAAAAUAAAACAAACGAUAUAGAGACCUCAAAUAUGACUCAAUCUUUGCCAGAAUAUUUAUUUUACGAUAACUACGUCAAGUUCAAUUAUGGGUUAAGUGCUGUCAAAGACUUAGUAACUAACUAAAGUCUAAAAAAAAGCAACCUACACAUUUUUUAACGCGUAAUGUAGCACAUCUUACUUUUUGUCUGGAUAUAUUAUAUAUUUAAUAUUAUAUUUUUAUUAUUAUUUGUAUUUUGCUUUGAAAACCACCUCACAUGUAAGUAUUAAUAAACGCAAUAAUUCUUUUGAAAUUAAUUGUGUUGAUAUAUGAGUAAAAUAAUGCUGUUUGACUGUCAAACACUUGAUGUGGACUUACACGACUGCCUUGUGCUGUAUGAGGGGGUUGGUCAGUGAAUCGUUGCGGUAUAUAUAUGAAGGCAACUACACAAAACAUAAAAAACCUGAUAAAAAAUCAUUCGUAAAUGUGUUUUCAUAAAGGCUUAUCAAGUAAAGUUUAACAAAAUUGACAAAAUUGACCUAUUUCUCAUGCAAUUGUAUGUUUGUUUUUUUAAUAAGACUUUUAAAUGAGAUAAAUUUUGCGUGAACAUAUAAAAAAUAAAAAUAUAUAAUUACUAAACAUAUACGAUAAAUAUUUCUUAGCAACUUGUUAAUGUUAUAAAAUUGUUUAUGUCUUUGUUAUUAAUGUGUAUGCAGUUGGCUUAUUUGCAUAGUUGUACGAUUAAUUAUUUUAUUUAUUAUGUUAUUGUAAUGGCUAAACAGCUAUUAAACUGUUAAAUAGGUAAACAUGUAUCUUAGAAACCUAUACGCUCAGAGAGGUUAACACAAAACUAUUGGCUGGAUAUUUAACUUUAACUUCGCCAACUCAUUUAGAUUGCAAUGUAAUGUAUAUAUAUACUCAAUUGGUGUCAGAUAUAUAACAUACAUGUUGUUGGUUAUAAUUAUUGUAAAUUAUUAAAACUGACUUAUUUCAUGUUUCAUUUCUUUUAUUCACAUGUGUUGUAGACGCUUAUUUAACGUUCUUAACUCGUUAAUGAAGAUACGAAAUUAAAUAUAGUUUAUGUCAACCAAAAUUUACAAGUCUUGGUAAUUUACUUAUCUGGUUUUAACUUUUGAUCGCUCAAAUUAAAAUAAAGGAAUUCGGAUCAUGCAUGCCGGUACCAGUAGAAAAUUAUAUAUUUUUUAGUCCCUAAUGAAUAAUGCUUGUGGUAUGCUGUUUGUGUCACCUAUAUAAUUGUAAUCUAUUUUGGCAUCCAUGCACGUUAUUUAAAAAGUGUGCGUAGCAGAUUAAAGAGUUCUUAAUUUCCACAAAACCGUUAAACUCUAGUUUGAAUCUGACCUAACUUUUUUUUUCAUUUUUUUAAUGCUUAGCUUUAUAUAAUAUUACCAAAUGUAGCUACCUUAAAUCAUACAUGCUAAAUUUAAUUUAACAUGUGAAUACAUGUAUUGUAAAGAGUUUUUAAUCUUGGAAAAGUAUCACCAAUGUUGGGAAAUAACUUAUUCGUCAUUAAAAAUUGUAUCGAUCUACCCACUCGGUUUUAGAUAUGUACGAAUACUCACUAUUUGAUUGGCCUUAUCGCUAAAGCAACUGGCUACCUAAACGGAACGGAUUAUUCGUCAGUUCAAAGGCACUAACUUCGACAUAAACAUUGCAUGUUGGUUAUAUUAUCCAAGCAAAUUAAUUAGAAAAAAACGUAUUGGAUAUUUUAAAUAUUACAAUUAUAAAAAAAGAUUAUCUAGCGUGACCUAUAGCCAAGAAGUAUUUAUGGUGUUUGAUUUUAUUCAUUUUACGUAUAAAGUAUAUAAAUCAUGUAUUAUUGUAAUAGUAUGUAUAAUCAUAAAACAUGUACUUUAUGUGUGCUUUGUUAACGCCCUCUCUGUACAAAAUUGUUUGUUGGUCAUUUUGCAUAGUUUAAAAUAUUCAUUUUCCGUUAAAUUUUCCGUUAAUUCCGUUAAAGACCGUAAAAUAUACAAGUACAUGUUCCAAGAGCGAGAAACAUGUUUAAAAUAUAUAUUAUGACUCGGUUACACGGUUAAAAAUAGUAUUUCAGCUAUGUUUACAUGAAAAAAUGAAUCAUGUUUAAAAAGCGAUUUGGUUUAUGCAUUGAAAUAUUUAAAUUACUUAAUAAAUAGUGUCGGCCAUUACGUUAUGAAUACUUUCAUUAUGAUGAUUUUUUACCUAGUCAUAUACUGUUUAGUCACACAAAGUCUUUCGAAUAAAAAAUGAAUUUUCAAGGCACCAAAUGAAAGGUGCAUUUGAAUAUAAAAUACAGGUCGUUUUAGUCUAUGGCACGUUGACAUGUUAAGGCAAUACUUAAGAGUUAAAGGCAAAAGUAUAUUGGAGGCUAAAUAGUAUUUUCCCGACGAGCAUUCGUGGCGCAUUAUAGCAUGUGUAUAUUUUAUACUAAAUUCUAUUAUUCAACAUGCGUUUGUUGGUGGUUAUAUUAUAUGCCUAGUAAAUGUCGCUGUUAAUAAUCAUGCAUUCUCUUUUUUUCCAAGCAAACACUAGAUAAGAUUUGUUAUUUAUGAGUUCGCAAAUCAUUAUAGACGCCGCCUUGUAUUUAUCAGACAAAGUUAUUUAACGUGCAUUCGUUUUGCGUUUGAAACUUUACCUUGUAAAUACAAGACAUAUUGCAACCAUUUAUUUGUCGCGAAAUCAAUCAAUAUAAUGUUGUCAAUCAUGCAUUUAAACUCAUUUUUAUAAUUAUGUUUUGGCUUAGAAAAAGUUGUUUUUAUUGAACACGGCUUGAACGCUUCAUAUAUUUCAAUUACUAUCGUAUAACAUGACACUUGUAUUAACGCAAGAUUGGGAUUGUAAUUCUGUUUUCAAUUGUUUGUUUUCAUAACAAAGUUUAAGACUCAGACUUUAAAUGACUCAGAUUUCUAAUAUGUAUUUUAUAUAAAUGUGUCAUUUAUAUCAUAUAUAAUGUAUAUUUUAUUCGAAAUGCAUAUUCUGUUUUUUUAAUGGUUAAAAAGAAAAAAACACAUGCAAAAAUGGAUAAAUACUGGGUAAUAAUACAUUGUUCAAUAGGUAAAGUUUGGUCUAUUUUGUAACAGUACAGGCAAUGUUGAAGUUUAAGUCGUGUAGUAAAGUGUUUAGAUCACAAACUUUGGUGUAUAUUAAAAAUGGAAUUACUUUUGUUAUACAAACAACGCUGUUAAGUUUUGGAUUAAUCUAAAACUUUUAUAUAGAAAGAGAAAAUUUUUGCCUCAACUUGGAAUUAAAUCCUUGACAACAAAAUCUUCUUAUCGAUGAAAAAUGUAAAUUUAUUUAUGGACAAUAUUCCGUCAAGAAAGCAUUUGUUCAACACUUUCCUUUAUUGUGGGUAUUAAUAAGUUUAUUGUAUUAUAAUUUUUAUGUAAUAAUUUAGCAUAUAAGACAUUUGCUUGUAAAAAAACUCGUCGAUUUAGAUAAAGUAAUUUUACUAAUCAAUGCUUACAAUACAAUACACGAUACAAUUGUCUAUAAGUUUAUAAGUUUUAUUGUUUUUAUCAUCGAGCGUGUUAUCAUUACGUUCGUGCUUUUCGUGUGUUUUCCAUUUUUUAUAUAAUUAUAUAAUUGGAAACUCGAAUUUAAAUAUGUUUGAAUGUUUAUCAAUUUAAUCUUCAAUUAAAAGGCUAUGUUCCUUGAUAAACACAUUCUGCUGAUAAUAUAGCAUAAGGUACUAGCGUAAACUUGUUAAUAUUAGUGAUUUAAGACGAUCCAAAACUAAAAUGUCGAUAACGCCUUUAUACCAAUUGUUUUAAUAUAUCCUGCAAGAACUUUCAACAAAAUAUGAUUGUUUUUUUAUCGUCGUUGAUUCUUCGUUGCUGCCGAUGAAGAUUUUUCCUAAUUGUCAUUAUUUUUUGUACAUUUUGUUGAGCUUUUUCACACAGCCUAGUGCUUGAAUUAAAUUGUUUAGUAGUUACACAUAUUGUUAUACAAUUUUAAUAAACACUUUUCCAAUAUUUUAAUAUGAAGUUUACAAUCAUUUAAAAUAAAAUUGACAAAAUAAAAGCAAAAAAAACAACAACAACAGAAAUUACAAAAUAAUAAGUUGUUUUUAAGAUGUCUUCCUAACUGCUUUUUGUGUAAUGAAAUGUAUUGCUUAGCUCUAUACGCACAUACUGCUUUUUGUGUAAUGAAAUGUAUUGUAUAGUUCUAUACGCACAUCUGGUGAUUGGGAUCUUAUUAUGCGCAUAAUAAAACUAAAAAAGUA